UCAAUGUGGAAAUGUAUAAUUUCAAAAUAGCUAACCUUAUAUAAGUAAAACGAAGAAACAUGCGUUUCAACACCAGGCAUUAUAGAAUGAAGGUAUUAAUCCUUACUAUUAUUGUGUUUUUGAGUUAUAUUAUUGUAUACAAAAGCACUACUUCCAAAAUAAUCAACAAUCUGAGGGAAGACAUUGAUGCUAAUCUUGAUGCAGGGGAAAUUCAGGAACUUUACACAAAGAAUUAUUCCAUGCUAGAGAUUGAAUCCCGGGUGAAGGAAGAAAGAACUGAAAUUGAGGAACAGCUAUCUGGCAUAACAAAACACAGGCUCUCUGAUGUUAUCCUCAUCGGGAUGUUCAAAGGUGGCACUGGUACCAUGACCUCUUUUCUUACUCAUCAUCCACAGGUGGUGGAAGUUACUUUAGCUGAGUUCUAUAGCACUUACUAUAAAUUAGGACAUAUAGAACACAUGGCCCACAUGCCCAAUGUCUCAAUAGACAAUGUCAUUUAUGAACGAUGCACACUUUGUUAUACAAGCCAAGAUGCAAGAGAGAGGAUUCUGGCCGCAUAUCCAGAAAAGAAUGUGAAAUUUUUGAUCAUGGUUCGUGAUCCUAUAGAGCGACUUAUAUCUGGUUAUGUGCAGAAUCAAUAUUAUGGACAAAGAAAAAUGUCAUUUAAAGAGUAUAUAUUCCACAUUAACAAUAAAACUUUAAGAACAGGAAAAGAGUAUUUUGAAAAAAGUUUUUAUGUUAGCCACCUCGCACGAUGGCUAAUGUUAUUCCCUAAAGAAAAUAUACAUUUGGUUGAUGCAGGCAUUUUCAUAGAAACACCAUGGAUAGAACUUGAAAAAAUAGAACAAUUCCUUAAAAUUGAACAUUUUUUCUCAGAGGAUAAAUUUCCAGUCAAUCCAGAAAAGCCCAACUUCCAUUGCCUCAUUAAAGAGUAUCACACAGGGAUGCGGUGUAUGGGACGCACAAAGGGUAGAUCCCAUCCUGAAAUUUCUAUUGAGACAAUGGAGACACUAAAGAAAUAUUUCAAGCCGUAUAAUGAACAAUUUUUUACAUUGGCAGAUCAAAGGUUUUCAUGGGAGGAAAAUUAUGAAUAAAAGGAGGUAAACAGUAUCAAAAUGAUUCUUUUUUACCAUUUCUCCGAACCAAUUAUUUUCUCAUUUAAAUAACACAAAAUUGAUAUUUGACAUAUAACAGAUAUAUAACAAAGGGUGCAACAUAAAAGGCGUAAUAAUUAAGUAUGACAUAUAGAGGUUCAGAGGUGGCAGACAUAAACUGCGCAUUAUAUUGUGAAUAUAUCAUGAAUUUCUAAUCUACACAUCUCUUAUAUUU